AUGUCUGAAAGCACUUCCUCACGCCAAAGUGACGCUUCAACAAACGAAACCACAGUUGGGUGGACUUGGGAUAGCCCGGGUCGGGGUACCUUAAGCUUGAUCACCACAUGCCUCGCUACGAUCUUCUUGUGCACAUGGGUUGUGAUUCAUCCGCGUGUGUACAAGCGUGAGUCUUACGCAAUAUUCCACAAACUUGCCCUUUUCGUGAAGACGAUAUUCGCACCCGAGUUCAUUGCCGUCGAAGGCCUCCAGGAAUGGGCACAGUGUCGAAGAAUGGAACGUGAAUGUGCCAAACUCACCAACGGCGAAUUCCGACUGAUCCAUGCGUUUUAUAUCAGCAUGCUUGCGCUGAGAUACCGAACGCCAAAUGGCGAUCGGGUGAUCUGGCCGAAUCAAUAUACAUGGCUCCUCCAACAACGUUUGAUCGAGUGGGAUGACCAUCCGACCUGGGGGUUAUCCAUCGAGGAUAUAUGGGAUAAGAGCAAGUCAGACAGUGCGGCGAAGCUGUUGGCUUUGAUCCAAGUGUCUUGGUUUUCAGCCCAAUGCUUAUUGCGGAUUUGCCAUCACCUCCCCCUCUCCCAACUGGAAUCCAUGACACUGGGGUAUAUCCCUCUGUUUAUUGUGACCUAUUUCUUUUGGUGGAACAAACCCAAGGACGUCCGCUCGUCCUCCUUAGUCGACCUUCCAGCCAUGAGCCUGGAGCACAUGGCGGUAUUCGAAUCCAUGGCUGUCAGCAAUAAGUUUGACAACGAGGGAUUCGAAGACCAAACUUCAUAUUGGAAUGUGUGGUAUCUGACUCCACGCGUCUUCGAAAAAGAGGAAGAGGACAGAAUCGCACGGGAUGCCCAGGCUGAGGCCCAAGCCAGGGUCGAAGGACGCUCUAAACAACUUCCAAUGCAACAAGUGUCUCUAGGUCCAUCGUACGACACACUUGCAUCAAAUGGGCUCGCAGCUCAGGCAGCGGAUGAGCCUGUCAGUAUCAAGAAAGAAAUCAUUGUGGCCCAUUGGGAUCCAGAUCUGUAUAGAUCAAAGAUCUGGCCACUAAUUUGUCUCUUUGGGAUCUCAUUUGGGGCGCUUCAUCUUGUGUGUUGGAACACGAUGUUUCCCUCCAUGAUUGAGCUGUGGCUUUGGCGAGCCUCCGCUUUUGUCUCCAUCGUGUCAAUGCUUAUAUUCAUGCACUUUGAAAAGGUUGUGCUUCGCUGGGGUGGAUUUCUCACGAUGAUCAGUAUCGCCUCUCCGGCAUUCUAUCUCCUGAGCCGCAUCGUGAUGAUAGGCGGGGUGUUUGCUGCAUUACGAGCAGAAGAAUCGGCCAUUUAUGACACAUACGAAUAUUCCGCUUACUGGAUACCAUUUCUGUGA